AUGCGCUUAACGCUGUCCAGCCUGCUCGCCUUGAGCCUUGCGCUCUUGCUGAGCGUCUCUUCCUCCCAGGCGGUCGGCAUUCAAAGCAAAGCAGCCAAAGGCGACGCUGCCCGUGCAGAUGCGAUCAAGCAAGCGUACAGGACGAGCUACGAAGGCUACUUGACAUAUGCUCGCGGUCAAGAUUCUCUGUUGCCCCUCUCCAAACGAGGCACUGGCGGCUUUGGCAAUUGGGGCGCCACGAUGAUCGACUCUCUGACCACUUCUUACCUCAUGGGUUUCAAAGAUUUAUUCGACGAGAGCCGAAGGUUCGUCCGAACCGUAGACUUCACCAAGACGUCCCAAAGCGAAAUCAGCAUCUUCGAAACCAACAUCCGUUACAUUGGUGCCCUGCUUUCUGCUUAUGAGCUUUCGGGCAAGCAGUACAAGACUUUCAUCAACCAAGCCACCAAGAUUGGGGAUCGCGUGCUGGCAGGUUGGGUGGGUAAUAAUGACUUGCCCUACAACACCCUGCAAAAUUGGAGUUCUGGCGGAAAACCCAAGACUGGCAAUGGGGCCAUCAUCGCCGAGACUGGGACUCUGAUCUUGGAGCUGACGAGGCUGUCAAAGUACAGCGGCAACGCCACGUACGGUCAACAUGCCGUGCGCGCGAUGAAAGCUACGAUCAACGCGCCGCAGAUUGGUCUUCCGGCAGGAUUGCACGGCCAAGGCAUCGAUCCUGCUACAGGCAAAGCGACGGAUGAUUACAUGACUUGGGGAGGAGGGUCCGACUCGGCGCUAGAGUAUGAGAUCAAGUAUGGCCAAUUGAAAGGCACCACCACCACCUGGAUCCCAGCGUGGAUCUCCACUGUCAAGGCCAGCGUCCGAUACCUCAUCACGGAGGCCGGAGGAACAGCAAAGAAGCUUACCUACCUCACCGACUACAGUCCAUCCUACGGAGGUCAGAUCCCGCGCGGCUCUCAUCUCGGAUGCUUCGUGGGGGGCAACUGGAUCCUGGGAGGCAAGCUGCUGCACAGCCAAGCUAUCGUCGACUACGGCAUGAAGUUGACGGAGAGCUGCAUCAACACAUACACCUCCAGCCCAACGGGUAUCGGACCGGAAAGCUUCGUCUACAAGGCUGCAAAUGGCUCUACGAACGGAGUCAGAGUCAGCAACGAAGCCUUCUACGCACUGAAUGGAUACGACUUCGAGUCGACGCCCUACAUUCUGCGUCCUGAAGUCCUUGAGAGCGUCUUCUACGCUUAUCGAACCACUGGUGACAAGAAAUGGCAAGAUCUGGCAUGGAACGCUUUCCAAUCGAUUCAGCGAUACUGCAAAGUCUCUUACGGGUCCUUUGCCAGUAUCGCCGAGGUGAACAACACCUUGACAAGGAAGCUGGACGAUUCGGAGAGUUUCUUGUAUGCGGAACUCUUCAAGUACCUGUACUUGACAUUUUCAGACCCGAGCAUAGCUUCGCUGGACAAGUACGUCUUCAACACCGAAGGCCACCCAUUCGAACAAGAGAAGCCAAAUGCGGAUUACAGUUCGCUCUACGCCUCCGCUGCCAGCUUGCCAGCUCCUCUCGGUCUGCAAAAGGCUGCUGCGACUGGUGUCAGCGCGGAGCCUACUAGGACGAAGAAAGCUCCGCCUCUUCCAGCUUUCAGCAACAUCCCUUCUCAGCUCGGAGACCUUGGCAAGGACAUCCUCAAGACUCUCGGCGACCUGGGUGGCGGAGUUCAAAACAUCGUCACGGCACUGCUUAGCCGCACUGAUGCGGAUGCGGAUGCGGGCCAGGAGCGAGAGAGCGCAGAGGAUGCAGGAGUGGUCGUGAAGAAGAAGAAACGUCACUUUGGUCAAGGAAAGAGCACGUGGUCGCCAAAGCUAUGAUGCUACACCACACACGUGCCCGCGCG